AUGGGCAAGCUCAUUCCCAAUGCUUUCAACCUGCUCGUGGUUAUCUAUGUCGCACUUGGAUCAACAGCUUGCUCCUAUGGCAUGGCCAUUAUUGGCAGCACGAUUGGGCAACCUUCCUUCUAUAAAAGCCUCGGCCUUGCAGCAGCCGGGGAGCCUGGAUACUCUGUAACGGCCGGAUGGAUUGGCGCUUUCAAUGGUGUCAAUGCUGCCGGUUCAGCUAUUGGUGCAAUUGCGUCGUCGUACUUCGCCGACAAGUAUAGCCGCAGGGCCACCAUUCAAGGCGGAGCUCUAGUUCUUAUAAUUGGUGCAGCAUUGUGUGCAGGGUCUGUCAACACCGGCAUGUUCACUGCUGGUCGUAUCAUCAAUGGCUUGGGAAUUGGAACCCUUGUUGCUAUCAUCCCGAUCUACCAGGCAGAGGUCAGUACACCAGAGUCUCGAGGCUUCAUGGUGUCCAUGCAUGGCGUCAUGUUCGCAGUCGGCUAUUCGCUUCAAGCAUGGAUCAGCUUUGGCGUAUCCUUCAUGACUUCCGGAGGCUCAACCUCAACGUUUCCAUGGAGAUUCCCGAUUGCUUUCCAGAUGGCACCGGCUCUCUUCCUCGUACUAGGAUCCUUCUGGUUACCGUACAGCCCUCGAUGGCUGAUGCUGAAGGGCCGUAGCGAGGAAGCCCUGGAGGUUUUGAUCCGCCUACACAAGACUAAAGAAGAUGCCGAGAGCACACUUGCACGGAGGGAAUUCUAUCAACUCCAAAAGCAAACAGAACUGGACCAUCACAUGGCGGCAAACACCUCAAGGUUCGAGCUGUUCAAGACUCCCGCGAACCGGAAGCGAGCAUUGAUUGGUUUCAUGGUCAUGUGGAACAACCAGUUCACCGGGGUCCUGGUCAUCGCCAACUAUGGUAUCAUUCUGUAUCAGUCUCUCGGCAUGACAUCCUAUUGGCCUCUCCUGUUGACGUGCUUGUGGCUCACAAGCACCUUCCCGGGAAAUCUUUUCUGUGCCUUCUUUGUCGAAAAGUUUGGAAGACGAUUGUUCAUGCUGAUCGGCCUGAGCGGUAUUCUCGUAUGCCUUAUAUGUGAAGCUGCACUACAGGCUGUCUUCCUGGGGACCGACAACCGUGCGGGUCAGAACGCGGCCAUCUUCUUCAUCUUUCUCUUCAUCACUCCAUUCUGGAGUACCUUCAUGGACGCGAGCCAAUUCCUCUACGUCUCUGAGAUUUUCCCUAACCACAUCCGCUCUCAAGGAACCACUUUCUCAAUCGCAGGACUUUACCUCGCAGAUAUCAUUAUCCUUGUCGCUGGUCCAACCGCACUCAACAACAUCGGAUGGAAGUUCUUCAUUGUUUUCAUCGUUCCGACAUUCUUCCACCUCGUCUUCGUGUACUUUAUGUGCCCUGAAACCAAGGGAAGAUCUCUCGAAGACAUCAGUGCUCAAUUUGGCGAACAGGUCGCUAUCCAUUACUACGGAGCAACUGAGCAGGAGAAAGCCGAAUUUGAAGCUGCGGCAGAAGGAAAGACUGGCCACCUCAACACUCAGGAGAAAAAUGUGGAUAUUCAAGAGGUACAGACAGUGGAGAGGGUUACAUAGAGGUGUUGAAAGGCUUCUGUUUGGUUCAAAGCGUGGCUUUGGAUGUCUUGGUCCGAUAUCUGCCUUCCUCAAUUAGAUGCGAAAGACAAAUUGCAGAGAGCCAUAAGAUCAUAGUACUUGUCCCGUGGAAGUCCGGUGGAAGUGCUACGUACGUGAGCAGUGGUUAGUCAGGGACGAGAAGUGAAAAGAAAGAUGGGUUGCCACAAUUAGUAUUAGGGGAUGACGUUCUGCCUUUCCAAGACGAUUAAUAGUAUUAUCUCCA